GAGAACUCACCCAGAGCCUAGCCGGAGAGAACAAGGACAGAGGCAUCAUGAGUGGGGGCCCUGCGGGAGGCAGGCCUGGGGGCCGAGGAGGACCAGGGGUUCAGCAGAACAUUCCCUCUACCCUCCUCCAGGAUCAUGAGAACCAGCGACUCUUCGAGAUGCUUGGACGAAAAUGUUGGACACUGGCCACCGCGGUUGUUCAGCUGUACCUGGCGCUGCCCCCUGGAGCUGAGCACUGGACCAAGGAGCACUGUGGGGCCGUGUGCUUCGUGAAGGACAACCCACAGAAAUCCUACUUCAUCCGCCUUUAUGGCCUUCAGGCGGGCCGCUUGCUCUGGCAACAGGAGCUGUACUCACAGCUGGUCUACUCCACACCCACCCCCUUCUUCCACACCUUUGCUGGAGAUGACUGUCAAGCAGGGCUGAACUUUGCAGACGAGGGUGAGGCCCAGGCCUUCCAGGCCCUAGUGCAGGAGAAGAUACACAAGAGGAAUCAGAGGCAAAGUGGAGACAGACGCCAGCUACCUCCACCACCAGCACCAGCCAAUGAAGAGAGAAGAGGAGGUCUCCCACCCCUACCCCCACACCCAGGUGGCGAACAAGGAGGCCCAACAGCCAGCCCACUGUCCCUGGGGCUGGUGACAGUGGACAUCCAGAACCCAGACAUCACAAGUUCACGAUACCGUGGGCUCCCAGUACCUGGGCCUGGCCCAACUGAUAAGAAACGCUCAGGGAAGAAGAAGAUCAGCAAGGCUGAUAUUGGUGCACCCAGUGGAUUCAAACAUGUCAGCCAUGUGGGAUGGGAUCCCCAGAAUGGAUUUGACGUAAACAACCUGGACCCGGAUCUGCGGAGCCUGUUCUCCAGGGCAGGGAUCAGUGAGGCCCAGCUCACUGAUGCUGAAACCUCCAAACUUAUCUAUGAAUUCAUUGAAGACCAGGGCGGGCUGGAGGCUGUGCGUAAAGAAAUGAGGCGCCAGGAGCCCCUUCCACCGCCCCCACCACCGUCCAGAGGAGGGAACCCCCCCCGCCCCCCUACUGUGGGAACAAACAAGGGUCGUUCUGGUCCACUGCCCCCUGUACCCUCGGGAGGUGCCCCACCCCCGCCAACUCCCCGGGGACCCCCACCUCUGGGCCGAGGAGGGCCUCCACCACCACCCCCUCCAGCAGGACGUUCUGGACCACCGCCACCUCCACCCUCUGCAGCUGGGGGGCCACCCAUGCCGCCGCCGCCGCCACCACCACCACCACCACCCAGCUGUGGGGGUGGGCCAGUCCCACCCCCACCCCCUCCUACUCUGGGGUCUGUGGGGGGUGGCCCCUGGUGGGGGUCGGGGGCACUUUUGGACCAAAUUCGACAGGGAAUUCAGCUGAACAAGACCCCAGGGGCUUCAGAGAGCUCGACGCUGCAGCCCCCACCACAGAGCUCCGAGGGGCUGGUGGGGGCCUUGAUGCACGUGAUGCAGAAGAGGAGCAAAGCCAUCCACUCCUCCGACGAAGGGGAGGACCAGGCCGGAGAUGAUGAUGACGAUGAUGAAUGGGACGACUAAGUCACCUCCAACCCUCACCCCCAACUUGUUCUGCACCUACUCCCCUGGCAGCCACUGCAAGUCCUCCACUUCCAGGCUCUCAAGCCCCAUUUCUUCAGCACCAAUCCCUCCAUUGCUGUUAUCUGGCCCUAUGUUCCCCCUAGCAACAACUAGAGCCCUUUUUAUAUAAAAUUUCUCAGGAAUUUUUAGGACUGCUCAAGGAUUUUUAACAAAAAUAAAGUAGGGCCUCGGGCCUCCCUGGUGGCGCAAGGGGUUAAGCACCGUACUAUGAAGCAAUUUGCAGCCCCUGCAGCACGAGUUUGAUCCCUGGCCAGCCAGGGAGCUACCCACAUGGCACAGCAGACCUCUCCUGACUCGCCUGCUGUUCCCCUCAGCAGUGGAUUUCAGUCAGUCUGCCUGCUCUGCUCCCCACUCUGUCUCUGGUGAAUCCUCUCAACCCCCCACCCCCCACCCCUCUGCCCUGUACCGCAGUUCUUGUAUGCAUAAAUAAU